AUGGAUGCUCGAAGGGAUUUUGAUCACGACUUUGAAGAUGCUACUAUUGGUGAAGACAUUGAGGACUUGGAUGGCACCGGGGGUGGUGAUGAUGUGGCAAUGAUUAAUGUUGAUUGUGGCAAUAAUGAUGAUAAUUUCGGCGAUAAUGAUGUCUUAUUAAUGUCAGCUCUGGCUUCAGGAAGAGACAUUAUUGUCAUUAAUUAUUGCUAUCCAUGCUUGUGUUGUCAUUACUGCCUAUUGCAGAAGUAUUUUGUCGACAAGAAGUCAAACAAGAACUGCUUUGUGCUAUUUGCAAGAGAACUUAAUAUCUGUUGGAAUGAUAAUCCUCAAUAUUGGAGAUGGACCACAUUGAAGGAGACAAGUGGUGAAGAGAUUGAAGUCGCUGAGCUAUUACAGGUAUGUUGGUUAGAUGUUAGAGGGCAAUUUAAUGGGGCAGUUGAUCUCUCACCAGGGAUAGCUUACGAAAUUGUUUUUGUCGUGAGGAUGAUCAAAUGUCAAGAUUUCUCAUUAAAACUUACCAUCAUCCUUCCAAAUUCAAAAAAGCUAACACGCAAUGAAAGUCUAAAUGAAAAGCCUUUGGGAAGUUGGUUUGAUAUCCAGUUGGGUGAGUUUAAAAUGUCACCAGAAAACGUUGGAACGAUGGAAUUCUCUCUGGAGGAUCAUACUGAACUGUGGAAGAGUGGGCUUAUUGUGAAAUAUGCUAUCAUUCGACCGAAGGAGCCAGAGUAAAAUAUUUUACAGCAUUGCUAGGAAUAAAUUAGUUUAUUUAUUUAUUUAUUUUUGAUGUGUAGUUUAUUAGGUGUCAAUAUCUUUACUCAAUAUUUUAGGUACUUUGAACUGGAUGCUAAACUUUUCUAUACCUAGGCAAGUGAUGUGUGACCGCCUGUGUAGUGCAA